AUGUACUCAGAAGAGAGUCUCCAGCUCCAGCUAGAGGAACUGCAUGUCGCCGACGACUUAGAUGUGUACGACCGAUUCAACAAAGCCCAGAAAAACUUCAUUGUCUUCGCAGUGUCGUUUGCAGGGCUACUUCCUAUGUUCGUGACUGGGACCUUUGUUCCUUCGAUCCCCCAGAUAGCACAUGACCUCGAUUCCACAGGUGUUGUUGUGAGCUUUGCUGUAAGUCUAUCAGUCUUUGCGAAUGCGAUCGGUGGUUUGGUAUGGGCAGCGUACUCUUCAUUUUAUGGGCGCCGGCCAAUGUUCUUAUGGGGUAUGCCUAUUUUGUGCAUAGGAAGCCUCGGCGUUGGAGCAUCCGUGUCUCUCACAAGCUUGUUGUUCUGGCGGUUUGUUCAAGCUUUCGGUUGCGCUGGCGGAGUGUCGGUAGGUGCGGCCGUUAUUGGCGACAUCUACAGGGUCGAGCAGCGAGGUACUGCCAUGGGUAUUUUCUUUGGGGCUUGUCUUCUGGGCGUCGCACUGUCACCUAUUACAGGAGGCACAGCAGCACACUACUGGUCAUGGCGCAGUCUGCACUUCUCACUUGGAGUAUGGGGCAUUAUCGAGAUGAUUCUAAUAUAUUUCUUCUUCCCGGAGACAAGUCAUCCGCAUUUGGGAGGGACCCGUGAGCCGACAUCAGGAUUCAACUUUGUGUGGAUCAAUCCUUUUAGCAGUGUCUGGCUGCUUCGUAGUCCAAACAUCAUGGCUGUCACAUUGGCAAAUACAUCAGCGAUGGUAUCGGAGUAUGUUCUAAUGGUCCCAAUUGCCUACACGAUUGGUGCUCGAUACCACAUCUCUAACGAGGCACUGAUCGGCGCGUGCUUCCUCCCCAGUGGACUCGGAAACUUCGUUGCUUCAGCAAUCGCUGGGCGAUUGUCCGACGCUAUGAUUGAAAAAUGGAAGGCAAAGCGCAAAGGCAUCUGGGUUCCCGAAGAUCGGCUACGCCCAGUUUUGGUCGGCGGACUCUUCGUCCCUUUAUCUGUUUGUCUUUCGGGAUUGGUUACGACGUACAUCGCUGGACCGUUGGGUUUAGGAUUAAAUUUGGUUUGUUUGUUUAUGAAUGGUGUUGGAGUGAACUUUGUUCUCACUCCUAUCGGUUCGUAUAAUGUCGACGUGCUACAAUCGCGCAGCGCAGAGGUAAUUGCCGCGUGCAGUGCUUUCCGUGCGAUAAUUCUUGCACCAGUGACUGCAGCCGUACUUCCGUCGAUUGAAACGCUAGGCGUGGCAGCAACAAAUGGCAUAGCUACAGUGAUCGCGCUUCUUGGAUAUGGGCUUGUCGCCCUCACGAUUCGUUAUGGUGAUCGCAUGAGAGCUUGGGUGGACGUUGGAUACACCUUGGUAGAUAACUAA